CCGUCCUUCUUCUUUGCAGCCACCAUGAAGUUCAGCGGGCUGAUGCACCUGGACCAGGUGGAGGGCCAGGACGUCUUCUACACGCCGGAGAUGGAGGACCCCAAGUCUGAGCUGUUCGGAGAGACGGCCCGCAGCAUCGAGAACGCCCUCAGCGACUUGUUCAGGAAGUCGAAGGUGCAUAAGGACUUCAUGAGCGUCAGGGUUCGCAACCUGGCGCCCAGCAACUCCAUCCUGGCCUUCGUGGAUGCGCAUUUCAGACCAGAUACGCGGUACAAGGUGGAGGACAUCGUGAGGGCGCUGAUGAAGCAGCUGAAGGCCUCCAAAGACACCAGCAUCUCCGUGAAGAAGCCCGAGGAGGAGAAUAUUCGCUUCACCAAUUACGGUCUGUCCUCCACGCAGCUCUUCACCACCACCACCACCAUCACCACGGCGGCGGUCACCACGGCCGCCGCCCCGGCCACCACCACCCGACCGCCGCACACGUCCAACUACGUCACGCGCCGCCCAGCCGGCACCACCCGCCGGCCCUUCAGGCGCACCACCACGGCCGCCCCGGUGACCACGCCCGUCCCUGCCACCGCCGCCGCCGCCACCACCACCGCCGUUGCCCCGGCGACCACCGUGGCCCCGGCGAGGAGGAAGCCCCACCACACGGGCGGCAAGCCGUGCGACUCCCACCCCUGUCUGCACGGGGGCACCUGCGAGGACGACGGCGGCGACUUCAGCUGCAAGUGCCCCGCGGGGCGAGGAGGGGCCGUCUGUGAGAAGGUGAUCAAGUACUUCAUCCCGUCGUUCGGAGGACAGUCCUACCUGGCCUUCCGCACGAUGACGGCGUACCAUACUGUCCGCAUCGCCAUGGAGUUCAGAGCGUCAGAGACGACCGGCCUGCUGCUCUUCAACGGCCAGAUGCAGAAGAAGGACUUCAUCUCUCUGGCGCUCGUCAACGGCAAGGUGGAGCUCAGGUUCAACACGGGAUCAGGAACGGGGACGGUGCUCAGCAACGUGCAGAUCAGCCUGGGCCACUGGCACCAGCUGGUGGUGACGCGUAACCGCCGCACCGCCAUGCUCAGCGUGGACAACGAGCCGCACAUCCAGGGCGAGACGCCGCGCGGCACCGACGGCCUCAACCUGGACACCAACCUGUUCAUCGGGGGCGUGACGGAGGAGCUGAAGCAGGAUGUGCGGGAUCGGACCGGCGUGGCCGCCGGCCUGGUGGGCUGCAUCCGCCUGCUGGACGUCAACAACCGCAUGCUCAACCUGCAGGAGACGGGCGGCGACAGCCUGUUCGGCAGCGGCGUGGGCGAGUGCGGCAACAACCCCUGCCAGCCCAACCCCUGCAAGAACGCCGGAGAGUGCCAGAUCAAGGAGGCCGAGAUGUUCCACUGCCGGUGCAGCCGGGGAUUCUGGGGUCCGACGUGCGCCGACGUCCACGACCCGUGCGUGCCCAGCAAGUGCCACGAGAGCUCCCAGUGCCAGGCUCUGCCCGAGGGCGGCUACAAGUGCGAGUGCCCCAUGGGCCGCGAGGGCAAGCACUGCGAGAGAGUGGCGGAGAGGAGGGGCGCCUACAUGCCGCAGUUCAACGGGGACUCGUACCUGGAGCUGAAGGGCCUGCAGCACUACGGGCACAAGCUGCAUCAGAAGGUCAGCAUGACGCUGGUCCUGAUGGCCAACGACUCCAACGGUGUGAUCUUCUACAACGGCCAGAAGUCGGACGGCCGAGGAGACUUCAUAUCCCUGUCCCUGAACAACGGCUUCCUGGAGUUCCGCUACGACCUGGGCAAGGGCCCGGCCACUAUCAGGAGCAGGGAACCCAUCCAGAUGAACGUGUGGAACACCAUCGACCUGGAGCGCUCCAACCGCAAAGGGGAGAUCAUGGUUAACAAGAAGGACGCCGUCCGGGGAGAGGCACCAAACGAGCACUCUGAACUCAACCUGAAGGAGUCCCUGUACGUCGGAGGAGCUCCCGACUACAGCAAGCUGGCCAGAGCCGCCGCGCUCACGGAGGGCUUCAAGGGCACGAUCCAGAAGAUCAUGCUGAUGAGCACGCCGGUCCUCAGGGAGGAGUACGCCAUGAGCUCCAGCAACGUGGCCAUGUUCCAGGGCCACCCCUGCUCCCGGGAGCCCUGCCUGAACGGCGGCCGCUGCAGCCCCAAGAUGGAGGCGUACGAGUGUGCCUGCGCGCCCGGAUUCUCGGGGGAGAACUGCCAGAACGCCAUCCACGAGAAGUCCGCCGGCCAGACCGAAGCCGUGGCCUUUGACGGACGGACGUUCAUCGAGUACCACAACGCUGUUACGAGGAGCGAGAAGGCCCUGCUGGUGAACAAGUUCGAGCUGAGCGUCCGCACCGAGGCGACGCAGGGCCUGGUGCUGUGGAGCGGGAAGGGCGUGGAGCGCUCCGACUACAUCGCCCUCGCCAUCGUGGACGGACACGUGCAGAUGACCUACGACCUGGGCUCCAAGCCGGUGGUGCUGCGCUCGUCGGUGCGGGUGGACACCAACCGCUGGACGCGCGUCAAGGCCAGCAGAGCGCUGCGGGACGGAUCCCUGCAGGUGGGCAACGAGGCGCCGGUGACGGGGUCGUCUCCCCUGGCGGCCACGCAGCUGGACACGGACGGAGCCCUCUGGUUAGGUGGACUGGAGGAGCUGUCGGCCGCCCGCCGGCUGCCCAAGGCCUACAGCACCGGCUUCGUGGGCUGCAUCAAGGACGUGGUGGUGGACGGCGUGGAGCUGCACCUGGUGGAGGACGCCCUGAACAGCCCCAAAAUCUUACACUGCUCCGCCGCCGCCAAAUAACCAGCAGAGACAGAAUACUGCAAGAAACGGGGGGGAAAAGUAAAAAAGAAAAAGAAAAAAGCAUAAAUGAAUAAACCCUCCCGACCCAGUCCCUCCAUCGCGCCCGUGUCUCCUGCUGUAAUUAUUUUCUAUUUUUGUAUACUUUUCAUCGCUUUUUAUAUGGAACGAAAAUGAAUAUGUUGUUCUAAUUUUUGUUUUAUAUAUUUUGCAGUUUUGUUUUUUUUUUAAUUAUGCAUCAUCUUUUUCCAGUAAUUCCUUCAAAGCAUCUCUGUGGAAAAAGAGAUAUUUUCUUAAUUUUAGUCAUCAGAAAGGUUUUUUGUUGCUAUAUUUGUUGUUUUUUUUGUUUUUUCACUCUUCGCUUGAAAGCGGCGGACCUCGCUGACCAACUCCGGCCCCCGUUUCUCGAGCACGGCCCCCCCUCGCACCCUCGAGGAUGAAUCCCCCCCCCCAACCACCCAAAAGAGCGGGAACACGGCGUUUGCUCGAGAGCAAAAACUGAACCCCGGUAUCCAGUCUGCUAUAUUUUUCCUAACAGGGACUUUUCAAAUCUCCGUCAAGCUGCUACAAGCCAACGAGUCCACAGUCGAAGCCACUCGAUCGACCCACAUCUCACCGCUGCAACACGAAAAAAAAAGAGGAAAAAAAAAAACUCUCCUGUCGAUCUCAUCAGAGCCUUUAGUUUUGAAAUAUGACUCACUAACACGGCAGCGCGGCGCCGCGGAGAGAGCGCCGCUUUCCACGACGACUCCCAUCCCAUUAGUCAUAAGUCAAGAAAUGAAUCAUAGAUACAAAUAAAUGUUCUAAAUAUAGACUAUAUAAAUAAUACCUGAGACUGUGAAUAUGUAAGAUGGGUUUUCCUUUGGAGCGUUGCGCUUCCCAUGUGCUCUUUGUGCGUUCUGUUCUCCCAUCAGCUGAUGAGCUGCUGUUGACCACUAUAAAUGCAUGCACUUCUGCAGUGUUGGUUUGGAUCUGGGUUCUGUUUGUUUUUUAAUCACAUUUUGUUCCAGAACAAACAAACAAAAAAAAAAAAAAGAUAUUUGAAAAAUGUCACUGUUAACUUUUCCUGUCAUUUCCACCUGAUAUGAUUCCAGAAAGUACAAAAUCGGGAGUCAAGUUUUAAGACUUUUUUUUAUUCCGUGUAUAUUUUUAUUUUCUCUCUCCUCCCACCUGGCUUUGGUUUUUUUUUCUUUUUUUUCUGUAUUUUUCUUCUUGGCAGCAGUUAGUUUUGCAGGAACUGGAACGGAGCGCGAGGGAGGAGUUGUUUCCGUCUCCGACCUCGAGGAGGCGCCGAGAGCAAAAGACUGAGGAGAAGGACGGACAGAGAGGAGGCGAGGACAGCCGCCGCUCACGCAGCAGUCAAUCAAUCAAAAACAAAAAAACACCCACCCAUCCUUUUCACCUCAGAACAUUCCCAGAGGAACACCUUUUUUAUUUUUCUUGGCUGUUGAAUGAGAGAAAAACAGAGCGAGCGAAAGAGAGAGCGAGCGAGAGAGAGAGACACUGGUUUGUUCUUAUGACCUUUUUGAAGCCAUAACAGCCGCAAAAACUGAGGAAAAGAUACUUUAAUCCCACAGUACUUUGCAAGUUAACAUAGCAACGCAUGAGUUUGUACUGCUAAUGCGAAUCCUGUACCUUUCAGCGGACUGUCGCAGCGUGACGUCGACUCGGGCCGAACGCUAGAGGCCGAGGCGACCGACUUUAAGAGAUGUUUGUUUUGAUAUACGAGAACCUUGGCAAUAUACUAAGACUAAAAAUCAUGCCUGUUCGUGGUCGAGUAUCGAAUGGUCUGUACUUUUAUUUUCUUUUUUUUUUUUGGUUUUGUUUUAAUAUGUUUCCCUCCUUAAGUCAUCGAACAACCUGUUUUUGUACAGCCCUGCGAUUUCCAAGUGUAAAUUUAACAAAUGUGUGAUCUGUGGAGGUUUAUGUUUUUAGUAAUAUACACUGGAGCCAUGUCUGACUUGUGUGUUCACCCAUAGAAUGAUGCACCUCUGUACUUCUGGAGAGGGAUGGCCCCUAAAACUGUAACUAUAUAUAUAUAUACAUACAGAUAUAUAUAUAUAUAUAUAGAUAUAUUCUUUUAUUUGUGUUCAAACUCUGGGUGUCCACGCCUGACAUGGGAAAUCAUUCUUUUGUCCCGAGGCACGUUCAAAUCCCUGCACCCUCUCAGUUAACUUUGGACAUUUUCUUAAUCGAAUCUGACACAAAAAUAAGGAUCUGUGUAAUUGGAUGGACCCGACACCCGUAAAGACGACCACGGUCCACAGCUGGGAUGGAAACUAUGAAUUGCCUUAAAAUCCUGUCGCCUUGACUGCGAGCAGGUGACAAAGACGUCAUCCAUGUAUCCUUUUCCUUACUUUAGCCAGUGUAUUAGCCUCAUCCCAAUAAUGUUAAAUCAGUAAUAAUGCAUAAUGAUGAUAAUAAUAACUAUACUAGUAAUAAUCCCCAUACAUUUAAAGAAAAUGAAAAAAAAAAAAAAAGUACCCCAGAGGGCUUCUGCAAUCGUCCCGCCUGGUUUUUCUAAAAAAAACAAACAAAAAAAUCUUCUAUUUACUGUUUUUGAAUCUGUUUUGGGUUCCUUAUUUAUGUCUACAUGUGGUUUAUCCUCACUGUCUGACCUCUGUAAACUACUGUCUGACUGUGCAGACCUCGUCAAAAGGCAGUGCACCGAGUAAGAGUGGCAUGACCUGAGCAUUACUAACUUUAUGACCUUUGUCUUGUGUUCCUACCACCAUGAAAUAAAAAGUCAAACCA